CUCAGCAAAUUCCUCUCCUCUUCGCUUCGCUUAAUGCAGAAGGUUUGAAGGGGUAUUUUUGGAAAUUAAACGAGAUUUCAACGCAUCGUUCAAGUCCUGAUAUCCUGAAGAAAUGUUUGCUGGAUUUCUUUUCCUUUUGACUGUCCUAGUGGACAAGGGCUUUGGCAGUAAUAGAUGUAAAAAGAAAGGUUACAUUGAGCUUUACAACAGGCAAAAUCGUACUGAAUAUAGAUGUUGGCCCCCUCCUGAAUGCCAUGAUGGACAGGAGCCAUCAGUUGAACCUGGCUCAUCACACCCUAUUGGAACAGACAUCAGCUGUCAAAGUUGCAAGAUUGGUUUCUUUUCAAAUAACAGGACAAAUAAUAAGUGCCAUAAGUGUACUUCCUGUGGCAAAAAACAAGAACUUUAUCCAUGCACACUUGUGAAGGACAGAGAGUGUGCCAAUAAAUGCAUUUCUAAUGAAUACUACUUCAAUGACACAGCAGAAGAAUGUUAUAGAUGUGUUGAAUGCUGUGAAGGUGAUGAUGAGAACAUUGAGCCACAGUGCAUUGCUCUUAGAAAAGGUGUAGUUAUAGGAGGAAAAGGAGAGAAACAUUGUAGGAUUUCAAAUAGAAGGUGUGAUGACCUGCCAACUUCUUCAUCUGAAGGAUGUACAUGCAACUGUUCAGUAUCAAACAAUUCCAGUAUUGCAGUAGGAAACUCUCCAGCCAUGAAUAUUUCAUCAACCUUGCAAAGUGACAGCUCUUCACUUCACAAGCCCUGUGUGGUAGAAAUGUUUUGGAUCAUUGGACUUUCAUGUUCUCUGGUGGUUGUGGUUGCUCUUAUACUGGUCUACUUUCUGUACUGGAGGAGAAAAUGGAGUCCACAAAGUUACAACUUAUACAUACAUGAAACUUCAUCCAGGAGCUGCAUAUUUACUUGUCCUCCACUCUGCAUUUCUGACUCAUCAACUUGUACAGGUUCAAGCUGCUAUGAAGAGGUUAUUGCAUUCAUGCCAUGCCAGGACAAACUGAAGGUCAUUCCAGAAGUUCAAAUUGAUGAAGUACCAUAUGAUGUGGAAGUCAUCCUCAUCCAAAAACUAGAUGCAAAGAAGACCAAUGCAAAGAACUGGUGGGAUGUUGGUCGCAAAAUUGGAAUUUCACGUUCACAGCUUGAAAAUGUUGAUCAAGGGGAAAGUCCAACAAAAACUAUAAUCAGUAUUUUAAGUACAUGGCAUGAUGUUCCAACCAUCAGAAAAUUUGUAGAAAUAGCAGAUAAGUUAGGGCGACAUGAUAUUUGUAAAAAUGUUGUGGAAUUCUAUCAAAAUCAAACACCAGAAAUAGUCAAUGAAACCCCGGUGUAAACUAACGUAAAUACAAUUUAGUUAAUUAGUUUGCAACACUAGACCUAAAAGUCCUGUAACAGUGUGAACAGAGCUAGUUUCCUGUCUCGUCAGCAUUUUUCAUUGGACUAUAUACCUUCCAUUACCUUAUGUGCAAGAGCUACAGUUACUGUUAAUAGACAUUUGAAAUGUAUUUUUUGCAUAGAAUGUGAGAUUUGCAUUUGUAUUUGAGUAUCUCAUAUUGGGAGUCAUAAUGUUGCACUAUGUGCUCAAUUUUGUAUGAAGUGUAUCAGUUUUUUAGGGAAAAAGGGUUAAAGUAAAGGUCAGUACAAAAUUGUUUGACUAGCUUUUCUUUGUUUGUGAUGGCCAAUUUAAACACACUAUCUGCGUGAAAGUCCACUUCAUUAGAUGCAGACCUACGACCAAGUCUCAAGUUUACUUGAGACUCCAAACAGAAAGUAGGAGAGCAAGCAAAUACCCACAAAUCAUUUUAAGCAGAGCAGAA